UCCGCGUGCUCAAGCAAUAGCUUGUGUGUCCAAACCGAAGGAUUCCAACCUGGAAGGAGAAAUGCCAUCAAAAGUCAUGGUAGAAUCUGACAAAGCCAUGGAAGAAGAGGUGGACGCCGCCGUCGAUGUUAAGGUCUCAAAGACCAAAUCUAAGGAUGGCAAGAAACUGAAGAAGAAGAAGAAGCAGCCGGUGGAGGUGGAGGAGGUGGCGGUGGAGGUGGAGGUGGAGGAAGAUGCGGACUGUGAACCUCCUGCACCGAAAAAGAAGAAGAAAAAGAAAAAAGAAAAGCUUGCAGAGGACCAAACAAAUGAGCACAUCGAUGACGCCACAGACAUGAAUGGCAACAUUGAUGAUGAGCCACCAAAGAAGAAAAAGAAAAAGAAGAGGAAAGAAGCAGAUGAGAUUAAAAAGAAGCACAAAGUCAUUGCUGAAGCGGAAAUCAACGGACAUUCCAUGCCAGAGACACCAGCUGAAACUCCCAACGUGACACCAUCUCAGUCAAGUGGUGACUCAACCAGUGAGAGUGAAAAAGAAAUUGAGGAGACACCUGAGCAGAAAGAAGGGGCCUUCUCCAACUUCCGAAUCUCUCAAGGCACCAUUAAGAAGCUUAAAGCUCGUGGUGUCUCUUACCUGUUUGACAUCCAAGUGAAAACGUUUGACUCUGUGUAUGAUGGAGAAGAUGUACUUGCCCAGGCCCGUACAGGAACAGGGAAGACCUUCUCCUUCGCCAUUCCACUAGUGCAGAAGCUGCAGGACACUGCAGGGCCGCGGGCAAGAGGCCGUCCUCCCAAGGUGUUGGUGUUGGCUCCCACCAGAGAGUUGGCCAUCCAGGUCGCUAAGGACUUUAAAGACAUCUCCAAGAGACUUGCCAUUUGCUGUUUCUAUGGAGGCAGCUCAUACACCCAACAGAUUGCUGCUAUCCGUGGUGGGAUUGAUAUUUUGGUAGGAACCCCUGGCCGUAUCAAAGACCACAUCCAGAAUCAUAAACUGGACCUCACUAAACUGAAGCAUGUGGUUCUGGAUGAAGUAGACCAUAUGCUGGACAUGGGAUUUGCUGAGCAAGUGGAAGAAAUUAUAGCCUCCUCCUAUAAAAAAGAUGGUGACACCAACCCCCAGACUCUGCUUUUUUCGGCCACCUGCCCCGAAUGGGUCUAUGAUGUGGCCAAGAAAUAUAUGAGACCAGAGUGCAAACAUGUCGACCUGAUUGGCAAGAAAACGCAGAAAGCUGCAAUAACUGUCGAGCAUCUGGCCAUAGAAUGCCACUGGUCACAGCGCACAGCAGUGAUGGGAGAUGUGAUCCAGGUGUACAGCGGAAGCCAUGGCAAAACUAUCCUCUUUUGUGAAACCAAGAAAGAGGCCCAUGAACUUUCCAUGAAUGCAUCCAUCAAGCAGAGUGCCCAGUCCCUCCAUGGAGACAUCCCUCAGAAACAGAGAGAGACAACAUUGAAUGGCUUCAGGAAUGGAUUGUUUGAGGUUUUAGUGGCCACCAAUGUGGCAGCCCGUGGGUUAGAUAUCCCUGAAGUGGACCUUGUGAUCCAGUGUUCUCCACCCAAGGAUGUGGAGUCAUACAUUCAUCGCUCAGGUCGAACUGGCAGAGCUGGGAGGACCGGAGUUUGCAUCUGUUUCUACCAGAGGUGGGAAGAGGACCAGCUGCGCCAUGUGGAAAACAAAGCUAACAUCACAUUCAGACGAGUCGGAGUUCCCACAGCCAAUGACAUCAUCAAGUCAUCAAGCAAGGAUGCGCUCAGGUUUCUGGACUCAGUUCCAGCUGCAGCUGUUGGAUACUUCAAAGAGUCUGCAGAGAAGCUCAUACAGGAGAAAGGAGCAGUGGAUGCACUGGCUGCUGCCUUGGCACACAUUUCAGGCGCUACCACUAUAGAGCAGAGGUCACUGCUCAACUCUGAUGCUGGUUUCACCACGAUGCAGUUGACAUGUUCUCAGGAAUUGCAGAAUCUGGGUUAUGUCUGGCGAAGCAUCAAAGAGCAGCUUGGAGAGGAGAUUGAAAACGACAUUCAAAGAAUGACUUUACUCAAAGGGAGAACGGGAGUUUGUUUUGACGUCCCGGCCGACAAAGUCGAGGAAAUUCAGGACACCUGGAGUGAUGGUCGUCGUUGGCAGCUGACAGUGGCCACAGAGCUCCCUGAGCUGGAGGAGAAGCUGUACAGUAAUAGAGACGACAGAGGCUUUGGUGACCGACGAGGAGGAUUCAGAGGCGGAAGGGGAUGGAGUUCUUGGGGAAGUGGUGGGCACGGUAAUGGGUUCCGCAGAAGCGGUAGUGGUGGUUAUGGCAACAGCCAUGGUGGAUACAAACGCAACUUCAGCGAAGCGUUUGAUUACUGACAUUCCAACCUGCAGACUAAUAGGACUGGCUGUCACGCCUGUGGGCCGGCAGUGUUUUCUAUUGGCUUUCAGUAAGGAUUAGCGGGCGGAACUCUCCUUUACGAUUCAAUGUCAGAUAUACAUGAAAUGUAUUUAAAGCUCAUAUUCAACAUGAUCCACAUGAGCAGUGUCUUUACUUUGACAGUAAACUACAAAUGCUGUUUUCUGAGGAACCUUUACACUCUUAAAGGGAUAGUUCGGAUUUUUUGACAUGAAGUUGUGACAUCCCUAUCAGGAGUGUAGUGCAUCAGCAAUUAGUCCCCCCCCCCCCCCCCCCCCCAAAAAAAAAAAAACACUACUUAGUCCUGUGAGCCGAUUUCUGGUCGUUUUUGGUGUUUAAGAAAGUAGUUGUAGUUGGCCAGUUGGUAGGGUCACUUAAGUAAAGCUUUUUGCUUAUCUAAACAAAAGGCGUUCAAAAUAGAAAUUCAUUUGCAUUACAAAAUCGUUGUCCGUUAAAAUGUCAGAUCUCACAAUUGAUCAGCGUUAAUUUCACUCCCUUCGUAUCACUACGCGCUGCUGCCUGCGAAUGUGUUCCAUAGUGUUUACAUGCGAGGAUGACGACCCAUGCAGCGCGAGAGAGUUGGAUUGAGAGCUAGAGUGGUAUUGUCAUAAAAGAAUAUAGCUAGGGCUGCAGCAACAAAAAUGUGUCUGCAUCGCCCUAUAUAUUCCACCGUUUUCUUAUCACAGCCAUUGCUAAUAGGAAACUUUGGCUUCUUGUCAUAUUGGCUAUAAAGUGGGAGUCUGUCUAUCUCUCCCUAUUACUCUUUUGAACACAUUUUGUUUUGAGAAGCAAAACGCCUCACUUAUGUGACCCCAUCAACUAGCCGGAACUACUUUCUUCAUCACCAAAAGCCGAACAGAACUCGGCUCACCGGAGUCGAAGUGGGGGGAGAAAGUCACUGUUGAUGCAUUACACUGGUGAUGGAGAUGUUAUACAAGUUCAUGUCAAAAAAUCCGAACCAUCCCUUGAAGUUAAAGGACCAAUGUCAGCCAUUUGUAAUAACAGAUUUCUCUGCAACUCAUGAAUUGACAUGCUGAGUUUUCACUUUGCAAAUCAGUACAUCCUGAAAUCCAAAGUGAAAGUUGUAGAAGGAAGGUGUGCUGGGUUACAUGUUUUUAUUACUUUGCAUUUGGGGAAAAGUGGGCAGCAAGACUCUCCUGUGGGAGGCGGGUAAUUUCACCACCCCCUACCCCAUUUGGGAAGAGUGAUCAUGGUUGUCAACCUUUUCAUGGUGGAGUCUGUUUACUGCCUUACCUCACCUCAACAUUCUCCCCAAAAUAUAUUGGAUGAUUGCUUUGCAAUUGGCUCUUUUUACUGACUGACUGCUUCCUUUCAUUUAAACGGAGUGUGUCCAUUAAACGGUCAACUAAG